AUGUCUGACGUUGAAGAACAAUUUGAAGAACAACUCGAACAACAACAACAAGAAGGUGUUGUUGUUGAAGAAUUACAAGUUGUCAACUUGGCUACACCAAUUCCAUUAGAUGUUCAAGAAGCACAAAGAGAAGUCAAAUUAUUCAACAAAUGGUCAUUUGAAGAAGUUGAAGUGAACGACGUUUCCUUAGUCGACUACAUCCAGGUCAGAUCACCAGUUUUCGUUCCACACACAGCUGGUAAAUACGCUACUAAAAGAUUCAGGAAGGCACAAUGUCCAAUCAUUGAAAGGUUAACUAACUCAUUGAUGAUGAAUGGUAGAAACAAUGGUAAAAAAUUGAAAGCUGUUAGAAUCGUUAAACACGCUUUGGAAAUCAUUCACGUUUUAACUGAACAAAACCCAGUCCAAGUCAUUGUUGAUGCUAUUAUAAACUCAGGUGCAAGAGAAGACUCUACUAGAAUCGGUUCUUCUGGUACCGUUAGAAGACAAGCCGUUGAUGUCUCUCCAUUAAGAAGAGUCAACCAAGCUAUUGCUUUAAUCACAAUCGGUGCUAGAGAAGCCUCAUUCAGAAACAUCAAGACUAUUGCUGAAUGUUUGGCUGAAGAAUUGAUUAACGCUGCUAAAGGUUCAUCAACUUCAUAUGCUAUCAAAAAGAAGGAUGAAUUGGAGAGAGUUGCUAAAUCUAAUCGUUAA